AUGACACGAAUCGUUUGGUUCUGUUGGAAUCUACUGAUACUUAUUGGAUCAUGCGAUGGAUUGCAUUCAAUGGAAUUGAACUUGGCUCCAAAUAAUUCACUCGUGAAGGAGAUCGGUUUGAAUCCCACUUCAGUUUUUCUUUCCGGAAGUGCAGAAUGUCUCAAAAUGGAGAUAGCAAGAUAUUCUGGAAGUAUUGAAGUCCAGAUUCCAGAUGAAAUGUUGGAAGAUUGGAUUAAAUGUGGAAAGGAAAAGGGAGUGGUUGGGAAGAUCUAUCUGCAUCUGGAAAAUCCAGAAGAUCAUGCAAUCGGACAGAUAAAUUUUUCCAGAACCGCGCGUCACAUUUUCAGAGCACAAGCCUCUGAGACCUUUGGAGAUCCUAAUGAGUUCGCCGUGUCAGAAAACAACCCAUACAUUCAGAAAGUCAAACUGCAGAGUCUCUUGGAUAAUGUGUUGAUAAGUGUGACGUCUGAAAAUGUGGAGCACGCUGUGGAGGUCUUCAUCUCAUUCUGCUCUACUAAACCUGGAGUUCUCUACACAAUUUCUUAUGCACCCAACUUUGAAAUCACUUUGAAAAGUCCCCAAAUGGAAUUGUACUACGAUUCCUACUCUUGUGACUCCGACAUCGCCUUCUACAGUAACUCUACUCAGCCAACAUCUCCUCUCAUCAUUCGUCUAGAGUCCAAAUUCUACAUAAACGGGACCAUGCUGGUGCUUAUAAACGGAGCUGAGCCAACACUUGAUAGCCACGUGGCAGAGUAUGAGACUGGAAAAUUCACAUUGAAUGGUGGAGAAAUGAAAGUUGUCGAAUUGAAAUACCAGCCGACGAUGAAGAAUAUUCAGGCUUACUUGGAUGUUUUAAGCGGAGGCAUGAUGGUCUACUUGUCACCAUGCAAAAGUCAAGAAACUGACAUGUUCUAUUCCAAUCUCACCACUGGAACUCAUCGAAUCGAUAUUGAUAUUGAAGCAAUGAUGGAUAAUACAACCUGCUCGCUGGCUGAAAUCGAUCCAUCCACCGUCUACAUGUUCCUCAAACCGUCGGUCACCACCAGUUUCAGUCUCUGGAUUCCCGGAGAGAUUGCCACUUGGUACGUGGCUAUCACAAUCGGACUCAUUAUCCUGCUUCUCGUCGUUUGCAUGAUCUUGAUCAUUCAUUUUGGAAGAAAAAAGACUGGAAAGCUCGUCAUCAAUCGCUAUCAGAAAUAA